AUGGGGGUAGAGGAGGAGUUUGAUUGUUUGAAUGAAAGUCUGGAAGGAGAAGACUUUGUUGAUGAUAUUUUUGAUACACCUCAGCCAAGCAAUGUUCCACCUCCAAACAUAGAUUUAGAUGAAGAGUGGGCUAAACCAGCUUUAAAGGAUAAUAUUGCAAGUAUGGAUGGUUCUGAUGAUGAUCAGAGGUCUAGCAACCCAAAAUUCAAUGAGAGGACUGAUACGACAAAUGUUCAGUUGGUAAAAGGGAUGAAGUUUCCACACUCCAAGGUUUUUAGGAAGGCUUUUAUGGAGUCUAUGUAUAGAUCAAGGAAGGCAACUAAAGGUUUAAUCAUUGGGAAUGAAGAGGCUUUAUAUGGCUUACUUAGAGAUUAUGCAGAAAUGAUAAGGAAGACAGAUGUAGGAAGCAAGGUGAUACUGCAAACAGAGAUAGAAAAUGAGAAUGUAGAACCCAAGUUUAAAAGGAUGUACAUUAGGUACAAUGCUCAGAAAGUUGGCUUUCUAGGUGGUUGUAGACCCUUUGUUGGGUUGGAUGAAUACCACUUGAAGGGUAGGUUUGGUGGGAAAUUAUUGUCUGCCACUGUCAAGGAUGGAAAUGACAAUAUAUUCCCAGUGGCAAUGGAUGUGGUUGAGCAAGAGAACAAGGACAACUGGAUUUGGUUCUUGGAGCAGUUUGCAUAUUACAUUGGCGAGCCAGAGGAUCUUAAUCUAGUAUUCAUCAGUGACAGGCAGAAGGGCCUUUUGCUUACAAUGGAGAAUCCAUUCCCAAUUGUAGAGCACAGGUAUUGUGUGAAGCAUAUAUACAACAACUUCAAGGUUAACCACAAAAGCAUGGAGUUGAAGAAUGUACUGUGGAGGUGUGCUAGCACAACAUCAGUCAGAGAUUUUGAUAGGAGGAUGCAGCAUCUUAAGAGUUUGGAUGAAGAAACUUGGAAGUACCUUGUAGAUAUAGGGCCUACAUAG